CUGUCGCCUGAGGGGGAGAGAGUUCUGUCCCACCAGGGCUGCCGUCCUCUCGAGUUCCACAGGACCGGAAGCGGAGGCGGCCGUCAUGAGCAAAAGGAAUCAGGUCUCCUACGUGCGGCCGGCCGAGCCCGCUUUCCUCAGCCGCUUCAAGCGGCAGGUCGGGUAUCGGGAGGGGCCCACGGUGGAAACCAAGAGAGAGCAGCUUCCACUUGCAGAUGAUGAUAGUGAAAAUGGCAGUGACAAUGAAGAUGAGCAGCCUCAAGUGGUAGCACUGAAAAAAGGGGACCUGACUGCUGAAGAAGCAAUGAAAAUUAAGAAGCAGAUUAAAGAGGCCUUGAAGUCAAAUGAAUCAGAUGGUGAGCCAGAGCCUGCUGAUGGAAAAAUUAUGUUCAGGAAACCUUCCAAACGUUCAUCAGAGAAGACUUUGGACUUCAAUGUAAGUUCAAGUAAGAAGAUGAAAGAGGCAAAGAAAACUAAGAGAGAAGCAACUGCUUCUCAGAGUACAGCUAAGCAAAUAAAAAAUAGCAGUCUUCUCUCGUUUGAUGAUGAGGAAAAUGAUGAUUAGGGGUUGUAUUUUUUAUAUUUAGCUUAACUCUUCAAGGAAUCUGAGUAAGAUUGAAUGUUUUCCUACAUAUUGAUGCAUGGUAUCUGAGUCUUCUCUUACUUUGUUAUAGUCCAACUAGAGAAACGUAGUAUAAAUGUAGGAAGAGCUAAGUCUUUGCAGUUCAGAUGGAACUGUAUGAGCAGUCUGUUGUGUCUAUAUUUUAGAAGAUAAUUUAACCAUGUAUGUAAAAGCUAUUUGAGGUCACAAAAUGAGUAGCAAAAUGUACCUGUACAUAGCCAGCUUAUGCAAAUUUGUAAUCAGUACUUUUAAAGUGUCCUCCAUUACUAAAAAUGUGAUUCCUAUCAAUGUACUGGCCUGAUAAUUGUGUGGGUUUUAUCUAUUAUUGCUGACUUCACAUUCAAAAGAGAAAGACUUCAUUGCUGUGGAUUAGACACUGAAGUUUUCUUUCUCAUGGCUUAACAAAAAUUGGCAUGUGUGGUUUGACAAGCUCUUUGCAGAGCCCUUGCAGUAAGUGAGCCUGCAGUUGCUAGAAUCUUACAGUCUUCAUCCUGUCUUUGGUGACUGCUGUCUAAGAAGCAUCAAAUUACUUUGACUCAGUUGUGCUAGCAAGAUAAAAAAAAUUGAUGUAGUUGAUGGUAUCAACUAAUGUAAAAGAAAGAUGUCUGAACCCUUGGAGAAUGUGCAGUUCUGCUGUCAUGCUGAUGGGCUGUUCUUUUGGUGGUGGCUUUUUUUGGUCAAGUAUAUUUGUUCCAGUCAGCUAUAUAUGUGUUCAUAAUUAUUUGGGAUCUCAAACAGCUUAUUUAAAAGAAUUUAUUUCAUCUUUAAACAGUGGAAAAGUAGUAUUUGGGUUGUCUUCAAGUAGGAAAUUGUAAACAGGAAAUUUAAGUAAAAAAAAUGUUACAACUGUGAUACGAAGUUUUAGCAUUUUGCAGUUGUCCUUGUACAGUACACUGACCAUUUCUGCAGCACUUAUGUACCAGGUUAUGCUGAAAUUCAAAGGUGUUGGAGCUGGGGAGAAGAAGGUGCUAGAAACGGGACUAGUGAAUUUGAAAUUAUGUGGAAAUACUUUAUGUUCUGCAACAAUAUUUAAGCAAGACCUGAAACUGCUGCAGAGUGACAGUGUAUAAGGCAAUGAAACCAGUUCUGCUGUGUAACAGGACAUUCAAAAUUAUUCAGGCUGUAAAGCUUCAUUGAGGAGCAAAUUUGACAUUGCUGUAUGAAACAGCUGGUUUUAGUUUGUUAAUCUGGUGUUAAACAAUAAAUUAUGUUUUCUAUAAGUGGUCCUAAGAUAUUUUAAUUUCAGUGCAUAAAAUGGGAUUUUUUUUGUCACCUGAUAAUGAAGCCUCUUAUUGACUGCUGCCUCUCUGUACAUACCAGCUUCUGGCCACAUAAGAUCAGAUACAAGCCUAUUUCACACCAAUUGUGUGAGUGCAUGUUACUCCAAUUUUGUACAUGAAUAGAUUUGUUGUCCUUUCAGAAAACUGAAACCAGAGGUAUGAAUAGAAAAUAAAGUCUUGGUUUUGCACUGGUCUGAUAUAAACACUGCCA